AAGGGAAGAGAAUUCCAUUCGCAAGCUGUGCGUUUUACAGCAGCACCUGAGGUUGUGGCUGCAAUCCCUACUGGACAAUGGCACAGACCAACAGCGUCGGGCAGGGGACCAAUGGAGUAACCGAUGAGUCGCCCAACAUGAUUGUCUACAGAAAGAUGGAGGAUGUAAUAGCUCGCAUGCAGGAUGAGAAGAAUGGAAUACCUAUCCGCACAGUGAAAAGUUUUCUAUCGAAGAUUCCAAGCGUAUUUUCAGGUUCUGACAUUGUACAGUGGAUGAUCAAAAACCUAAACAUUGAAGACCAAGUGGAAGCUCUUCAUCUGGGCACCCUGAUGGCAGCGCAUGGCUAUCUCUUCCCCAUCUCAGACCACGUCCUCACUCUCAAAGACGACGGAACUUUCUACCGGUUUCAGACUCCUUACUUCUGGCCUUCAAACUGUUGGGAACCAGAGAACACAGAUUAUGCCGUUUACCUCUGCAAAAGAACAAUGCAAAACAAAGCACGACUGGAGCUGGCGGACUACGAAGCAGAAAGCUUAGCAAGGCUACAGAGAGCUUUUGCCAGAAAAUGGGAGUUCAUAUUUAUGCAAGCAGAAGCACAAGCAAAGGUUGACAAGAAAAGAGAUAAGAUCGAGAGAAAGAUUCUCGAUAGUCAAGAGAGAGCAUUCUGGGAUGUACAUAGACCAGUGCCAGGGUGUGUGAACACAACAGAGGUGGACAUAAAGAAAUCCUCCAGGAUGAAAAACCCUCACAAGACCAGAAAGUCUGUAUACGGACUGCAGAAUGACGUCCGUACCCACAGCCCGACCCACGCCCCCACCCCUGAGGCCAAGCUGCCCACCGAGGAGGAGCUGCAGGAACAGAUCACAUUUUGGCAAGUGCAAUUAGACAGGCAUCGACUGAAGAUGUCUAAAGUGGCCGAAAGUCUUUUAGGAUACACGGAGCAAUACGUGGAAUACGACUUCUUCCUCACCCCUCCAGACCCCUCCAACCCCUGGAUCUCAGAUGACACGGGCAUUUGGGAGCUGGAGGCCAGUAAGGAACCAGGUCAGCAGAGAGUGAAGAUAUGGGCAUUUGGCAUCGACGAGGUGCUCAAAGACCCCGUUGGCCGGGAGCAGUUUCUCAAGUUCCUGGAAUCUGAGUUUAGUUCAGAGAACUUGAGGUUCUGGUUGGCCGUCCAGGAGCUGAAGAAGCGACCAAUCAGAGAGGUGCCCACGCGCGUGCAGGAGAUCUGGGAUGAGUUCCUGGCUUCGGGUGCGCCCAGUGCCAUCAACGUGGACUCCAAGAGCUAUGACAAGACCACCCAGAAUGUCAAAGACCCUGGACGCUACGCCUUUGAAGAUGCGCAGGAGCACAUCUACAAGCUGAUGAAGAGUGACUCGUACAGUCGCUUCAUCCGUUCCAGUGCCUACCAGGAGCUGCUGCAGGCCAGGAAGAAGUAUCAAGGCAUUCAAGACCGCAGGACAUCGUUUGAGAAAUUCACUCGAAAUGUGGGGAAAUCCCUCACAUCAAAGAAGAUGACCAGUCUUGUGCCAUCAUGCUAGGAACACGUCUCCCUCGGAUAGGGGCGGGACACCAUAUCAUUUCUAUGUCAUCGUUGCACGCCGUCUCCUUCCUAAUCAGACAAUGAGCGGGACUGUACACUAGGUGUUGCAUGUCCAAGGAGGGGACCUCUUCUUCCUGUUACCUGAUGUGUUUCCUGUCUGUGGAGAGACGCUGUUGGGACUAGUAAAGACAAAAGGCAGACAGUAUCAUUGGUUCAGAUCUUUCCACCGUAAUUCACUUGGCCUCAAAUUCUCUAUCUCUCUCUUGCUCGCAAUCCAUUCUUUCUCCCAAACUCUCUCUCUCACUAUCUCUCUUUAUUCUUUCCAGCUAAUUCUAAUGAUGUCAGAAAUGUA